CCCCUGAAAACAAACCAUAUUUCAAUAGCAAAUCCAGUGUCGAUAUGGCUGAGUUGUAACUUUUGAUGAUAGAAACAUUUUUCUAACGGUGUCUAAAGGCUUGAAAGAUGUGAUCACGUAGAUGUGAUCGCGUAGGCUACAGUCCAAGAAAUCAGUGGAACUCAGAUAAAAAGUGGGAUUUCCAGAAGGAACAGCUGCCUACUGCUGCUCCUCCUACAGACUACAUUGAUUCAGCAUCGUAUAAUGGUACAUACUUCGUCCUGUUUCGUCUGAGAACAUGGGCCCAGAAGGAAAGGUUUGAAGGAGGUACCUGUGAUUUCUAGGAAGACUGAAGGGUGGAACUUGGCAGGAUGGAGGCCACCAACAUACUGCCCAUUCUGAAGAAACGCCUAGCCUUCUUGUCAGGAGGCAAGGACAGACGCAGUGGGCUAAUCCUUACCAUUCCACUAUGUACAGAACAGACCAGUAUGGAGGAGCUCAGCUCCACGUUGGACUAUCUCCUUGACAUCCCCAGUGACAAGUGUAAAGCAAGAGGCUUCACAGUCAUUGUGGAUGGACGGAAGUCUCAGUGGAACAUAGUGAAGACGGUGGUGCUCAUGUUGCAGAAUGUGAUUCCAGCAGAGGUGUCCCUGGUGUGUGUGGUGAAGCCUGAUGAAUUCUGGGACAAGAAGGUCACUCAUUUCUGCUUCUGGAAGGAGAAGGACAGACUAGGCUUUGAGGUUAUUCUGGUAUCUGCCAAUAAGCUCACACGCUACAUCGAGCCCUGUCAGCUUACUGAUGAGUUUGGGGGAAGUCUGGUGUACGAUCACAUAGACUGGGUGAACAAAAGACUGGUCUUUGAAAAGUUUACCAAGGAGUCCACAUCCCUUCUAGAUGAGCUGGUGGUCAUCAAUGACAGUGAGAAAAGCAGCCAGUUAGACAAAGAAAGGCCACCAGAUUGUAACUUCCUACCAUCUUUGGAUCCUGAAACAGUUCUACAAACUGGCCAUGAGUUGCUGUCGGAGCUGCAGCAGCGGAGGUUUAAUGGAGCAGAGGGAGGUGGUGUGGCCUGGUCCCCCAUGGAUGAUGAGCUACUGGCCCAGCCACAGGUCAUGAAGCUGCUGGACUCCCUCAGGGAACAGUACACCAAGUACCAGGAGGUGUGUCGCCAACGCAGCAAACGAUCCCAGCUGGAGGAUAUACAGACCAAGGUCAUGCAGGUUGUGAAUUGGCUGGAGGGGCCUGGCACAGAGCAGCUCCGAACACAGUGGGGGAUCGGAGAUUCCAUCAGGGCCUCCCAGGCCCUGCAGCAGAAACACGAGGAGAUAGAGAGCCAACACAGCGAGUGGUUUGCAGUAUACGUGGAGCUGAACCAGCAGAUAGCAGCGUUGCUGAGUUCUGGAGACGAGGAGGACCUAGUGGAGUUAAAGGGUCUACAGCAGCAGCUCAGUGAUGUCUGUUACAGACAGGCCAGCCAACUGGAGUCCAGACAGAACGUACUGCAGUCAGCACACGAGUUCCACGGCACCGCACAGGACCUGUCCCAGCAACUGGAUGGUCUACUGGGCAUGCUCUGUGCAGACGUGGCGCCUGCUGACGGGGCUGCCAUCCAACAAACACUCAAACACCUCGAGGAAAAACUCAAGAGCGUCGAGGGAGCCCUGGUAGGCCUGAGGGAGAAAGGUCAGGUCCUGAUGGAUCAGAUGUCCAACCAGACUUCCUGGUCCUAUGGGAAAGACGUGCCCAUCGAGAACAAAGACAACGUUGAUCACAUCCAAGGUGUCAUGGAGGACAUGCAGCUCCGGAAACAAAGAUGUGAGGAUAUGGUGGAUGUCAGGAGACUGAAGAUGCUUCAGAUGGUCCAGCUGUUCAAGUGUGAGGAAGAUGCAUCACAGGCGGUGGAGUGGCUGGGUGAGCUCCUUGAUGCUCUUCUAAAGACCCACAUCAGACUAGGGGACGACUCACAGGAAACCAAAGUGCUGCUGGAGAAACACAAGAAGUUUGUGGAUGUUGCACAGAGCACCUAUGACUACGGCCGUCAGCUGCUCCAGGCGACGGUGGUGUUGUGUCAGUCUCUACGGUGCUCCACACGCUCCUCUGGUGACACCCUGCCACGCCUCAACCGGGUCUGGAAACAAUUCACUGUCACCACCGAGGAGAGGGUCCAUCGGCUGGAGAUGGCCUGCUCCUUCCACACCGCAGCUGAGAAGGUGCUGGUCCAAGCCAGCCCAGACCUGGGUGAUCUCCCAGUUGAGGUGGAGCAGGAGACCUAUGAGGAGGUGGAGACUGUGGGGAAGGCUCUACUGGACAGACUCACUGUCCCUGUUAUAUUCCCAGACGGGAGCGAGCAGUACUUUGGCAGUCCUGGAGACAUGGCGUCCUCUGCUGAACACAUCCGGGACAAGAUGAAGCUGGUGGAGGACAGGAAACUGACUCUGCACGAGGAAGAUGAAGAGGAAGAAGACAUCGAGCAGCUACAGUAUGAGCAGAUACAUGACCAGGACGAAGAACUACAAGAUGAUGAAGAACUACAAGACGACCAGGAACUACAUGAUGAAGAACUACAGGAAGUGGAUAAUGAACUACAAGAUGGGGAGGAACUAGAACUGGAGAAUGAGACGGACACUUAGGAAUGCUAAUGGGGCUCUUAUAACAGCUAGCCUGGUCCCAGAUCAGUUUGUGCUGUCUUGCCAAAUCCUAUGGUCAUUGGCGUGACAAUGACCAUAGGAGUUGACAAGAGAGCAUAAACAGAUCUGGGGCCAGGCUGCAGACCUAUAACAGCAGCAGCAAGCAGUCCUCCAGACAUUGAGGACAGGAAAGAACACCUCUGACCUUCGACGUUACGUCAACACAGCACCUUACCAUCACGUGCACCAGAUCUCAAUGUAUGCACUCACUAACUUUAAGUCGCUCUGGAUAAGAGCGUCUGCUAAAAUGACUAAAAUUUAAAUCUCUAGAAUCCCGUCAAUCUCCCGGUGUGACCGCAUUCCUUCCGUCUCGGUUGUACUCUGCCUCGUCAAGCCAUAUUAACCUACCAAUAGCAGUUAAAGAUAGAAUAUGGUCCUCUAGGAUCCACUUACAUUGCAUACAGUACAUGACAUGGAGAAGAGAGGAGAGGAGGAGGGAAACAAAAAGAAAGAAACUGAAAGCACUGACUGGACUGAACUCUGAAAUGGACUAUUUCCCUUAAAGCUUUACCUUGCCUGUCGCUUGUCCCUCUGAAGUUGUGUUCACGCUGCACUUGGCCCAGGGAUAGUUUUAACCCAGGGUUAAGGUUAGGCCUGGGUUAAGAACAAGUAGUGUAAAAAACCCUUAAGACAGGUGACUCAAGCUUUUACAUGGUUCUACUAAACCUUCUAGAACGUACAGAAAGCAAAGCACCGUCUCUCUCCUUGUAUUUACCUUACCGGUGCUUUAGAGUUUCUAGGCCUUUCUCUUUCUUGUCAAACUGCCUUGUUUGACUAUAAGCAAUGUAUUUUAUAUUUUCCCUCUUUUGUUUCUUGUUCGCAGUACUUUCAAGUGGUUUCUGGAAGGAGAGAUAAAAAUGUAAAAAGAUGGGCCAAUAUAUCAAUCCAUUCUCAUUCUAAAUGCCUUUGAAUUUGGCACUAACGUCCCAGCCGACUGUUUCCGGUAUAGACGGACUGUUGUAUAUUACGUGGAUGGAUGGGUGCAGUCAACCAGCUUUUAAGAUAUUUAGAUGGCUGUGUCACUUGUGUGCAUCAAGGUAAAAUGUCAAAUCAGAGCUUUGUUAUAAACCUAGAUUAGAGUGGUAGAUCCAGGGCUUUGUUUUUAUUAAUAAAAUGUGAUAUGAGAAUUAUGCUUAAUCUCUUCAUAAUUGUCAUUCUAAUGUACACAUACAGUACAUACACCUUUUGCAUUGUGAGGCAUGCUAUUGAAAUAUUAAUUAUAUAUUUAUUUUGUUUUGUAUAUUGGUAUUUUACAUACCAGUCAAAGUCAUAAUGCUUGUGGAGUUUUUAGGUUAGCGAGGCUAAUCAUGUAUUUCUUGAAAACCUUGGUCCUGCGAAAUAAACAAGCAAACAUUUGAAAGA